AUGCCUGAUAAACGACAUGCUGACAGUAACAACAAAAGCGAACCAUUACCACAAGAUAACAAUAGAGUUCAAGAAAGCGGAGCUUCACACUUACGUAAAAAAACGUCAGCGAUGACUCACAAUAAAAUAGUCGUUCGCCGUAGAAUGAAGGCAGCGAAAGGGCCGCAUUGGAAAAUCCUCCAAGAUCCUCCAAAAUUACACGCGGGUGAAAAAGGAAAGCAUGUCAAAACGAAAAGUGAGAAAUCUCAUUCGAAAACCGGAGAUGAAACAGAAGCAAGUUCUGCUGCAGUAGUUGGCGGUGUCUUAGCAGGAGUGUUAGCCAUUCCCUUCAUUGUUACUGUUAUUGCCCUUAUAUGGAAUAAAUGUCAGAAAAGAAGUAAUCUUGUCAGGCCUGCUGAUUCUGAAGCGCAACUAGCUGAAGUAACAAGAACUACUAGUCUGGAUGGAGAUCUUAGUGACGGUGAAAUCAAUUACAAAACGAAGUUAGUGAUGGUGAAGCCUUACCAAGAUUCUGAACCUAAAACAACUCCCUUCCAGAAUGACCAACCCUCUGAUCCUACUACGCCUAACAAAUCCAAAGACUACCCAGUUACUGGAUUUUCACACCUUUUCAACAACUCUGUAGAUUGGACUUUCCCGAUCACGAAUGAUCCAUGCAGCUCGACUUCCUCGAAUGCGUCGCUGAACUGUCUUUCUGCAAGCCAAGCAGGAUCAGAGAAGGGAACUUUGUUUCUCUUCGAGGAACAUAAUGGGACACGGGCAACUUGUCAAGAAACAAGACCAAAUGUGAUGACAGACAAGGCAAGUUCUCUGACGAUUCAGGCGAAGGGAGAUGAAUGCCAAUCAAAAGAUUCUGGAACAUCUCAGGCAUCUCUGAAGGAAUUUCUAAACGAAUCUAAAAUCCUGUUGGAUGAGAGAGAUGUGAGGUUUUCAGAAGAUUCUUAUAAUAUGCCGAUGAUUCCAUGGAACAAAGUUGUGGUAAAUGUGCUAGAAGACGAAAACAUUAAGUCCUCGCUCUCCUUUUCGCCAAACGUGCAGUUGCCAAGUUAUCAAAAACAUUCUGAAGAGGCGGGUUUUAAUUCUUUGAACGUAACUGAGGCUGAAUCAUCUAAAGAAUAUAGCGACUUGCCAGUUGUACCGAGAGAGGAGGUCGUGAUAAAUAUAGGAGACGGAAAUUGCAUGAUAUCUCCAUCGACUUUACAUCAAAACAGCAGCGUGCACCCUCAUGGCUAUGGUAUAGGGCCUGGGAAACUUCACAUGACUGAUCUCAAGGAUACAGCUUCUGUCAAAAGUUCGGGAGAAUCUCCGUGUAAGACACUACAAUCACCUUGUAAAGAGGUUAAAAUAGGCCUAAGAGGUCCUGCUGAAUCACAAGUGAAAUCACAACACUCUAUUCCUGUCAACUGGUGUCCUGAAAAACACCUCUACAUGAACGAAAGCGCGAUGAUUUCCUUGACAGCAGAAGACGAGGUCCACUGAUAUCAAAACUGACGAAAAACAACCACCUUUAGAGGAAGAAGUAUCAUGCAUAUCUUAGCUGUAUCACCUCAACAGUUGUUUACAUUUUCAACCUCAGAUUGGUUUAACAUAGAGCAUAUUAUGCUUACAAGAAUCUAUCACAGAUAAGAAGCUGACGGGCUCCUCCAUAUCUAUUCCUAAAGCAAAUUCUCCAACCGCUCUUAACUCACGAGCGUGUCCCAAAUCUAAGCCCAAUAAAAUAGUACACUUCAAAGGCGAAAGAAGGUGCAAAUGUCACUUCUGAAACACGCCUUCAAACGGAAACUAUCUUAGAAGAAUCCAUUUACAAUAAACUCUACUGAUAACAAUCUCUCGUCAGCACUCACAGCAAAAGAAAAACCCUCACCACGUACUUUGCCGGCAUCCCUUAAAUCUGGUCAAUUCGUGCCUGAAAAGUCUUUGAAAGGAGGACAGAUAGUGCCCUUAUUGUUUCUAAUUCAUAAAAAAA